UGCCUCUUCCUACUGUGGAGUGUCAUCCCUUACUCAGUGCUCGGUGCUCGCGUGUCCGUGCUGCGUUGGUGCUAUUGACAACUGCAGCGUUUGCAGUUUCGCUCUUCAGUUGCAUGCACAAGUGCAACAUAGUACCUUAUCUGUGAUACAGAUUUGUUUUUGAUUGUUUAAGUUUGUGAUCUGUUAUCUGUUGUUCAUCAUGAAAGUUUUCUUGCUCGCAACGCUGGUAGCGGCUUGCUCGUGUGCCCGCCUGGACAACAAUUAUCUACCUCCGCCGGGAGCGGCUGCUGCUGGAGGUGGUCCCGGGCUGACGGCUCCUUCGCCGGUCGGUGGUUCCCGCCCUGGCGGUACACCUGGUGGUCCGGGUGGAUCCGGGGGCUUCGGAGGUUCAGGAACGGCACCGGGUAGUGGUGGCUUUGGAGGUGGUGCUCCGUCGGGAGCAGGAUUUGGUGGUGCCGGCCCAAGUGCCGGUGGUUUCGGAGGACAAGCGCAACGACCUGGUGGAGUUGGAGGAGGCCCAGCUGCUGGUCGUCCAGGAACCCCGGCACCUGCUUAUGGUCCACCUUCGAGUGGAUUUGGUGGAGGUGCACCAUCAUCCUUUGGCGGCGGUUCUGGAGCACCUUCGGGUGGAUUCUCGUCGGGAGGCAGUGGAUUUGGUGGAGGUGCCCCAGGAGCUGCCCCAGCUGGUCCAAGUCAACCACCGAUAGAAAUCAUUUCCUACGAAAACAUGAACAACGGCGAUGGAACCUACAAAUACAGCUACGAAACGGCCAACGGUAUUAAGGUGCAGGAGCAGGGUGAGAUCAAGAACAAGGGUUCCGACAAUGAGAUUCCAAGCGUGCAGGGUUCCUACUCCUAUACCGCUCCGGACGGGCAGGUUAUCACUGUGACGUAUAUCGCGGACGAGAAUGGAUUCCAGCCACAGGGAGAUCAUCUGCCAACGCCACCGCCGAUUCCGGCAGAGAUUCAGAAGGGACUUGAUGCGAUCGCUGCCGCUCAGGCUGCUGGUGGUAGUGCCGGAGGCCCAGGAGGUCCAAGCGGUGCUGGUGGCUAUCCUGGUGCUGGCAAGCCAUCCCAAGGCUAUCCCGGCUCGGUGACUGGUUCGGGUGGAUAUCCUUCCGGAGCUGGCGGUCCAGGAGCCACCGGUCCUGCUGGUGGACGUCCUGGCCAGGGAGGCUACCCGAGUGGACCGGCCGGUGGUUCGGCUGGCUAUCCUGCCGCUGGAGGUCCUGCCGCACCCGGAGGUGGCGCUGGAUAUCCAUCGGGUGGUCCGGGAGCUCCCGCAGCUCCGCGUCCCAGCGCACCCGGAAGACCGUCGGGCAAUGGGUCGUUUAAUCCUCAGUCCGGUUAUCAGUAUUAAAAGCGCCAACGUAUCACAUUAAGCCCACAAAACACCACCAACAUGCAAAGUGCAUUUAAAACGACAAGCAAAAACUCAAACGAAACCAACGAAAUUGAAGCGAAACGAUACAACAAAUGAGAAAAAUAGUUCACUCGCUGUAAAUAAGGUGAAAUGGUGAACGGUUGUAAUAAAAAAAGAAA